GUCAUUUCACCGAGUGUCUUUUUUAUUUUAUCAAGAUUUUAUUUUAUUUUUUGUUUUGAAUGACUAGUGAAUGACUAGUGAAUUUGAAUGACUAGUGACUAGAGUAGUAAAGUAAUCUUGAGUGAAUAGCUAUUGCAAGUUUAAGAACUUGAAAUGUUCAGCUCAUUCAGGGACAGAUUGAAAGCAGUCCAAAAUGAUGUAAUUCUUGGACUGCAGCGCCUGACGGCCGCGGAGCCCCAGCGGACCGGCUCUCCAACUGCCGACGAUGAUGUCGCAGCUGUGGCGGGAGCUCGGCUACUGUCCCUGUACCAGGACCAGUGGAGCCAGAUGCACACCAACUCGGAGCGCGCCGUCACGGCCGUGGAUAAGUUGAACACGCACGUUGUCGCGGUGCGCCGCCGGUGUCAGACGGAGCACGCUGGUAUGGUGGAGCUGCACCGGCGACUCACUGCCCUACCGGAGAUGGCCGCCAAGGUGCACGGCAUGCUGGCCACCGUCGCGUCUCUACAGGCCGAGUUCGCCGAGGCGGAGACGCAGCUGGCGGAGCUGGAGCACCAGGCUGCAAUGGAGCGCCUCGAGGACAGGAAGAUGCGCGAGCGAGCCAAGCUGGAGGCGUACCGACGCGCGCGGCAACGCCAGCUGGACGAACUGAAGAUUUCGGUGGCCCAGGAGCACCUGGACCGGGUCUCUGAGCUGGAGCGUCGUCGCCGCUCCGAGCAGGCCGAGCGCUACUCCACGUUUGACCAGCUGGCGCACCAGGAGCUGGAACACUUCAGGAGACACCACUCACUGGAUGUGGUGCGGCCAGUCUCGGGCCGCCCCGCUCAGCAACUAUCUCUGGAAGACGUGGACAUCAGCCGGGAGGCCGAUGCCGCCGCGCUCGCCGAGUUUUUAGCCGACACCGAGCUUGAUCCCGAGGACCCGGCCGCAGAGCUCGACUCGAAUCCAGAGGAUCCGGCCAGAGACAUCGACUCGAACCCCGAGGAUCCCGCCGGGGAGGAGGAGCCCAGCGCGGUGAACCCAGCCGGAGACAUAGAUUACAGUCCAGAAGAUCCUGCCAUGAACAUUUACCUGAGUCCGAGGAAGUCUUCGAUUAGAUCAGGCAGAACGAAAGAGGGGCGGACGGAGGCGGAGGAAUCUGCGUCUUCAGACACCACCGCGGGAGACACGUUGUAGUCGGGAUGGUGACAGCGUGUAGCGCAUAAUCUUCUGUAUCGUAACAUUCAGGGAAACAACAUAAUAGAUAUGCAAGGCAAUAGCUUGAUUUGAUAGCUGGCUUGUGCCACAGACCUCCAGCUGGGCAGUCUCUAAAAGUGGCAGCGGGAGCGUCCCGGAGCUCGGGUUCAGUAUCGACGCGAGGGCCAGUGUGCUUUGAAUAUGGUGUUGCUCUGUGAUGCUUGCCGUGAUACUGUGAUGGGUUGGAGACGGAAAUAUUGUUAUUUCACUGGUGAAACUAGCUAGGGGAAAGCCGUGCAUGGAGCAGAAGUGUUCGUUGCCUAGGCUCGUGCCUGUCAAACAUACAGGAUGUAGACGUCUUCCAUAAGGCGUGAGUGACUUGCAUGCAUUCUAGUCUAAUGAAAUGCCUAGCAGCGUGGCUGCGGUAUUUCCAUCUAAAUACGUAGGUACUUAGUGCUUGCUUUGACGCAUUCCACUGUAGCGUGUAUGGCAGUGCCAUUAUCAGUGCUUGUAUUGAAUUAGCAUCUAUUGUGCAGUAUCAAGGAAUAUAUUUUAUUACGCUUA